CUAGUGAGGCACAAGCGGCAACCCCAAUGUAAAACAACAACAAUCUUGUUAGCAUUAGCAUUGCUACGCUGGCCAACGCAAUGGUUCCCUGAAGCUUAAAUAUAUACGUCUGGCCCCUAAUACACACUGCCAUUACCAGGCCAGAUAGUUCAGUUUUCCCCCCGGGCCGUGAAACGUCGAUGGUGCCGGGCUCAUGAACCUGGCCAGCCUCAGCGGGGAUGCGGGCGGAAGCCAGCUCCUCUUUGCCAACUUUAACCAGGACAACACGUCCCUGGCUGUUGGUACCAAAUCAGGAUACAAAUUUUUUUCUCUGUCCUCUGUGGAGAAAUUGGAGCAGAUAUACGAAUGUACGGACACAGAGGAUGUGUGUAUCGUGGAACGUCUGUUCUCCAGCAGCCUGGUGGCCAUUGUCAGCCUGAAGGCCCCCAGGAAGCUCAAAGUCUGUCACUUCAAGAAGGGCACUGAAAUCUGCAACUACUCUUACUCCAACACCAUACUUGCUGUUAAACUUAACAGACAGAGGCUCAUAGUGUGUCUGGAGGAGUCGCUUUACAUUCACAAUAUUCGAGACAUGAAAGUGCUGCAUACAAUCCGAGAAACUCCACCCAACCCUUCAGGGUUGUGUGCCCUGUCCAUUAACAACGACAAUUGUUACCUGGCAUAUCCUGGCAGUGCCAUGAUAGGAGAAGUUCAAGUGUUUGACACAGUCAACUUGCGAGCUGCAAACAUGAUUCCCGCCCACGACAGCCCAUUAGCAGCUCUUGCUUUUGAUGCCAGUGGAACUAAACUGGCCACAGCUUCAGAGAAGGGCACAGUCAUCCGAGUCUUCUCUAUCCCAGAAGGACAAAAACUCUUUGAAUUUCGACGAGGAGUCAAAAGGUGUGUCAGCAUCUGCUCCUUGGCCUUCAGCAUGGAGGGCUUGUACCUGUCAGCCUCCAGCAACACAGAGACGGUUCACAUCUUCAAAUUAGAAACACAGAAGGAGAAGUAUGUGCCAGCAGAUGAGCCCACCACUUGGGGAGGGUACUUGGGCAAGGUUCUGAUGGCGUCAACCACCUAUCUGCCCUCCCAGGUCACAGAAAUGUUCACACAGGGGCGAGCCUUCGCCACCGUGCGCCUGCCCUUCUGUGGCCAUAAAAACAUCUGUGCUUUAGCAAUGAUUCAGAAGAUUCCCAGGUUACUGGUUGCAGCGGCUGACGGCUACUUAUAUCUGUACAACUUGGAUCCACAAGAAGGAGGGGAAUGCACGCUCAUGAAGCAGCACAGGUUAGACGGCAGCGCGGAGCCGCCUAAUGAGAUCCUGGAGCAGGGGUCACAUGAUCGCCCACUUGUGGCGCAGACCUACAGUGCUUCUGUCACGAAAGGUUACUGUGAGGAUCAGGGCGCUGUGGGAGGGGCGGGGCUAGAGGACGACCUCAACAGCUUGCGCAUGGAGGACGAGAACGAGCAACCACCGCUCAUCCUGGAGACCGACUGACCAAACGGACGGGGCUCACCCACCAAUCCGAGGGCCUCAUCUGGCGCUGCUACGGACAAGUGACACUAGGGAGAGGGCAGGAUCAGAGAGGGCAGGUGGUUUUUUUUUUUUUUUUUUUUUUUUUUUGUUUUUUUUUUUUUUUGCUUUUCUAAACACUGUUGUUCUGUCUGUUGUUCUCUGUUGUCAUUUAUUUCUUCAGAUACAUCUCCACAUUUUAUCUUCCUCCCUCUUUCUUGUGCUCCCUUGCCCCCCCAGUUUAGUCUGAGCUGGACAAAACUGACUGCUUUGCAUGUUCAUGUGCCAACAGCUCAAACAAAACCCCAAUGUGAACGAGUGUCUGUGAGCGUGCGUGUCGGGCUAUUGAUCAAAACAGAAAUGUAGCUGCCCUCUACUGAAGACACACACGCAGACGCUCGCGUCGUGUAUAAGAGGAAAAAAAAAAUGUGUAAGUGCCUCUUUGCUCCUCCUAUCAUGCUUUCUGUUUAAGAUCUCUGCAUUGGCUUAAUAAAACUCUAUUUUCAUUUGUCUGAUCUUAACUUGAGGGUGUGUCCUGUACGCUCCUUUCUGACCCUUUGCUCUCUCACAUGAGCGCAUAACCUUUUUUUUUUUGGGGGGGGGCAUGAAGCGCAUGUUGUGUGGCGUCAGCUCACGUGACUUGAUGCUUUUUGCUGGCAGAGGUAACUGAGCGUGUGUGUGCGCGCGCUAUAAUUAGUUUAUGUUUAUCCUCGAUGGCUUCUACCUGUUCCACAGAGGCUCCCUGGACCUGCCCACCCUUUCCCUCCCAUCAUUGGUCAAAUUCCAACUUUGAUAUGGCUGUUUUUAUAAAGCUGCAUUGGCUGUGCUGUGUUGGCUUGCAUGAUGUUUCCAUGGUACUGUGUGCAUACACUGAAGACAUUUUAUGAGUGGUGACCAUUUAUUAUACAGAUCUUAGAAACGGAACAAUGUGUCUGUACAUUUCUUAUCAUGGCAGUUUAACACUGUUUCUGACCAUAGACUCUUGGUGGACAGUAAGCGUCUUCAUUUGAUUGAUUCGCUGGUUUAGGUCCUUUUGGUGACUGAGGACCUCUCAGCAAAGAUUAGACAAGAGAUUGUGAGUGUCGGGCUUUUUAUAUUGAUUUUGUAUAAAAUGUGAAACAAUUUUAAGCUACAAUAAAGGUAAAAGUCCA